GGUCUGGAUUGUCUGGAUCUACGAGACAGCCUGUAGAUUUUAAACAGUUUCUGGCUGCAGUCUUCAUGUUCCACUGUUUCACAACCAGGAACACAGCAGCACUGGAGGCUUUUCUGGGUAAAAAACAGAAAGUUUCAACUCUGGAUGUCUUCCUUUUAUGAUGUAUUGCUGAAAUCCCUAGGAAGUAGAAACGGCCACCUGGACCUGUUUGUCCGCUUCCUUCAUGGACUCUCUCUGCACUCAAACCGGAGACUCUUAGGAGGCCUGCUGGGUAACACAGAAAACAACCCAGAAAUAGAUAUUAAAAGAGUCAUCAACAACCUGAGGAGGAAGAAGGUGACAGCCACCCCUGACAGAAGCAUCAACAUCUUCCAUUGUCUGAUGGAGAUAAACGACCACUCGGUUCAUGAGGAGAUCCAAAGGUUUCUGAAGUCAAAGAGAAGACUAAAAAAGAAACUCUCCAUGAUCCACUGCUCUGCUCUGGCCUACAUGGUGCAGAUGUCGGAGCAGGUUCUGGAUGUUACAUCUGAGGUUGUACAGCACAACAAACGAGGGACGACAGAGAAUGGUUCCAGCUGUGAGGAACUGCAGGAAGGCACAACUGUCGUACUGUGAGCUCUCAGAGAUUCACUGUGAAGUUGUGGCCUCUGCUCUGAAGUCCAACCCUUCACAUCUGAGAGAGCUGGACAUGAGUGACAACAAGCUGAGGGAUUCAGGAGUGAUGCUGCUGUGGUGGACUGGAGAGUCCACAUUGUAGGCUGGAGGUUCUGUGUUUGAGGGAAUGUGGUUUGUCAGAUAUCAGCUGUACCUUUCUGGUCUCGGCUCUGAAGUCCAACCCCUCACACCUGAGAGAGCUGGACCUGAGCUACAACGACCUGCUGGGUUCAGGAGCGGAGCUGCUGUCUGAUCUUGUGAAGAGUCCAUUCUACAGACUGGAGACUCUGAAGUCAGUGCAGCGUAGAGGUUCGGUGAUGCUGGAACUGUUCAUGGAGGAGUACCUGAGGGCCAGAGACAGGUGGUGGAUGGAGUAUGCUGACGGACUCAUCUGGCCCAGGAACGACUUCAUCGAGCAUCCCGAUGCUGACGACGAGGAGGAGAUCGACGACGUGGGUCUGGACGAUGGAGGAGAUGGAGAGGAGGUCCAGGUCGCUGGUCUGGAGGACGGGGAAGAGCUGCAGGUGGCCGAGCCUCAGGGGGACGAUGGAGGCGCUGACGCUCCUGACAGGUUUGAGCGUCCUGACAGCCGAGGAGAGGAGGAGAGAGAGGAGGAGCUGAAUGAUGCCAGACCUCCCUCCCCUCCUCUGCUGCAGGAGGGUCCUGCUGAAGCUGCUGCUCCCGUUUACCCUAUUCCUGUUCAUGCUAACCCCUAUGCUUCACCCUUUGCUUACCCCUAUUAUGCUCCUUAUGAUAACCCCUAUGCUGCACCCUAUGCUCACCCCUAUGCUCACCCCUAUGCUGCACCCUAUGAUAACCCCUAUGCUCACCCCUAUGCUGCACCCUAUGAUAACCCCUAUGCUCACCCCUAUGCUGCACACUAUCGUAACGCCUACUCUGCUGCUUAUGGUCCUACUUUUGGCUACCUCAACCCUCCUUUCGCUCCUCUUGCUAACCCUAAUCUUCCUCCUUACGUUGUUCGUCCUGCCGAUCCUCUGGAUUCUGAUUCUGACUAUUCUUCUGAUUCUUACGAUUCUUCUGAUUCCUCUGAGCUGCAGAUCCCUCAGCUGGAGCCAGAGACCCUUGGGCCCCUGACCUCUGAGGAGUCCGAGGAACUCUUCUUCAGCUGUGACGAGUCUCUGGAGGAAGACCCUGCGUCUCCAUCCACGUCUGGCCCCGGCUCCUCCAGGAAGAGAGGGAGGGACGAGAGCGAGGAGGACGAGGGACCUGCUGCAAGGAGGCCGAGGUGGUUCGAUGACAGGGACUCCGACUGACUCCACCUCGUCUUCUCUCUUCCUCCCCACAGCACAGGUAGGUUUCUCUUUACAGGAUGCUGCAGUGACCCUUCUUUCUUCUUCCUCUGCGUCUGUAUCCAGGGACAGCCCUCGCGUCUGGCGGGGCUGAAGACCCUCGUGGUAGCGUCUUGCACCAGGGGGCCCUUUUGUUCCAUUUCCACUUCCUGUUGCGCGGUGGCUGGGUCGGCUUUUCUUUCUUUGACCCUGUGAGCAGGUCUCUGCGUCUGGCUGGACCUGUUAGAUCUCAGGUAGCCCUUGCGUCUGGCGGGGCUGAAGACCCCUGUGGUAGCGUCUUGCACCAGGGGGCCCUUUUGUUCCAUCUCCACUUUCUUUUGUGCGGCGGCGGCUGGAUCGACUUUUCUUUCUUUGACCCUGGUGGGCAGGUCUCUGUGUCUGGCGGGACCUGUUAGAUCUCAGGUAGCCUUUGCGUCUGGCAGGGCGGUCGACCUUUACCGUGCGUGUAGCCUUUGCGUCUGGCAGGGCUGGAGAGGACAGAAGGAGACCUGGCCGUGCCUUCAGAUGGACUCACUCUCCCUGGUCACAGCAUUAGAGACUCUUACUGAUGGAGCCAUGACUGGACCACACAGGGAGAGAGAAGAAGAAGAAAAGUGGUAAGUAUGAAUAUCUGACACGUGGAGGACAAGACUGAGAAAAGGUAAGAAUUAACUCAUUCAAAUGUCAGCCCUGAAAUCACUUGGCACUCAAAUGUACAUCUGCAUAUCCAAACAAUAUAAUUUACUGAAUAAUGAACAAUGAUUUCUCUCACUCACCUCGUCUGAUCUCAUCCGUACAGUUGUGGACAAUAAAGAUGAGAAAACUAUAAACACUAAAACAGUAAAGAUGUUGCCGUUCACAUAAUGUGCAAAACGGGGACUUUCACAAAUGAGCAUCACCUCCUGAUGUUGAUCCAGAUGUUUCCUUGAUGACGAAGAAGAAAAGCUUCCUCCAGAUGAGAUGAGAGAUGCCCGACUACACGACGGAGAGCAGAGGCUUCCCGUGUUUCAGUCCACUGAGAGACGAAGGACUCUUCCUGGGUCUCUGGUUCUCCUUAGAGUGGACGUGAGUCAAACCACACAAAGACGACAGCACCAGUUUGAAGAUGAAGCUCUGGCAGCACAGCAGUCCUCUGAACACUCUUGAACCUCCUUCAGCUCCAGACUUUCUGCUCUUCACUUCAUGAUGAUUUUAAAUUCAAUCAAAUAAAACAGAAACUCUGACAUGUGAAAU